GUCCGGAACAGCGACGAAUAUUGCUCAUAUACUUCAUUCAAUGUGUGAAGAUUGGGAUAUUGACUGUAAUAAAAUUACUUGUGUAGUCACAGAUCAUGGGGCGAAUAUGGUUGCUGCCGUUAAAGCAGAGUUUGGAGAAAGCAAACACUUACCGUGUUUUGCACAUACAAUUAAUUUAAUCGCUACUAAAUCGGUACCACUGUAUAAAGAAGGGUAUGGAGCUAGAGUGGAACCAGUAAUUGAAGAGGAGGAGGAAAUUCUACUUGAAGAACAAGAAGAAACUCAUUUUUUGGAACUCGAUGCCCAGGCAGAAAUUUCAGCGGAAUUGUCUAUGAUACGGAUUAUCAAAAAAAUGAAAACAGUAAUAAAAUUUUUCAAAGCAAGCGAAGUUGCAUCGAGGUUGCUUCGUGAAUAUCAAAUGCAAGAUGGAACCAAAGAAGGUUGCUGUCUCGCAUUAAUCUUAGACGUCAGAACAAGAUGGAAUUCCAUCACUUUGAUGAUCGAACGCUUUCUCUUGAUGACCAGAUUCAUUUCUCAAGUGCUACUUGCAAUGCCGAAGGGGCCGACAAUGCUAUCAGGAGGCGAAAUUUUGAUUCUUCGAGAAGUUUGCAGCGUACUCAAACCCCUCAUGAGUGUCAUGAUGGAAAUGUCUGGCGAACAAUAUGUAACAUGUAGUAAAGUCAUUCCGAUUGUUCGAAUGCUGAAGCUGAGCUACACAUCUUUGAAUCCCGAAUGUAUGGAAGCAGUCUCACUAAAAGCGAACAUACUUUUUUAUUUGGACAAAUAUUUUAAGAAUGUCGAAAAAAUGAAGUUAUUGGCGAUGUCAACCUUCUUGGAUCCUCGCUUCAAGAAAUUGCAUUUUGAAAGUGCAUUGGCAGCUUCUAAUGCUGUUUCAUGGACAAGCGAUAUCGUCAAGGAACAAAUUAGAAGAGUUAGCCAAGAGAAAUCUGCAGAAGAACAAACUUACCCGGUUACUUCAGCUGGCACGACCGGCACCGAUAUUUGGUCAUUCCAUGACAGUUUAGUAGCAGACAAUAUGAAAAAAUAUGUUCCAGAAAAUACAGGAGGGCUCCCAACGGAGGUGAAAAUGUAUCUGAAUACACCAGAAUCGCCACGACUGCAAAAUCCGUUUGAAGUAUGGGAAGGCAUAAAGGAGCAGCAUCCUGAAAUGUACAAAGUGGCCACAAAAUACUUGUCUCUUUCUGCUACAUCAGUGCCCUCUGAGCGUCUAUUCUCAAGGGCAGGGCAGUUGGUAACGCGCUUGAGAAACCGCUUGUCUGGCCCGCACAUCGACAUGUUACUUUUUUUGCAAUCGGUGGACGAGAAUGUAUGGUUUUCCUAGACGAAUAUAUAUUCACCCCUAUUCUGUAUUUCGAUCGAAUCGGAUUUUGUCGAACGAAUGUAAAAAUUUGCAUUCUCUAAUUCGAUCGAGUGAUGCUUUUGUAUGGAAAACUCGAACUUGAUCGAGCUACAGAAUGCCAAAUUUCGUAUUCGAUCGAAACAAUCUGGUUCGAACGAAAUACAGAAUCGGGGU